CCCUGCCGGGAGUGUCAGCCCGACAGCAGCGCAGCCCCGGGCUCCGGAAAGGCCCCAGCUCCCCCCCCGCCGCCGCCCCUGUGCGGGACACCCGUGGGCGAGAGCCUGGCCCUGGGAGUGUUGGGCUGGGGUUACCUUGUAGGAGCCUUCUUGAGGACGAGGUAAUUGUAUCUUGUUUUCCAAGCUGAAGAAGAAAGGAUGAGUAAGAGCAAGGACGAUGCUCCACAUGAGCUGGAGAGCCAGUUCGUGCUGCGACUGCCACCGGAAUAUGCCUCCACUGUGCGGCGAGCAGUACAGUCCGGGAAUGUCAACUUGAAAGACAGGCUUACCAUUGAGCUACAUGCGGAUGGGCGCCAUGGAAUUGUCCGCGUAGACCGGGUGCCACUGGCAGCCAAGCUGGUGGAUCUGCCCUGCAUCAUCGAGAGCUUAAAAACCAUUGACAAGAAAACUUUCUAUAAAACAGCAGAUAUUUGCCAGAUGCUUGUUUGCACUGUGGAUGGUGAUCUCUACCCCCCUUUGGAAGAGCAAACUGUGAGCACUGACCCCAAGGCAAACAAGAAGAAGGACAAGGACAGAGAGAAGAAAUUCAUCUGGAACCAUGGCAUCACUCUUCCCCUGAAAAAUGUACGGAAGAGACGAUUCCGGAAGACAGCUAAGAAGAAGUAUAUUGAGUCUCCUGAUGUGGAAAAAGAGGUGAAGCGUCUCCUGAGCACAGAUGCUGAAGCUGUCAGUGUCCGCUGGGAAGUCAUUGCUGAAGAUGAAACAAAAGAAGUAGACAACCAUGGUUCGCUCACCAGCUUGGACAUCUCCUCCCCAGGGAUGUCAGGACAUAAGCAAGGCCAUGGCUCCUCAGAACAUGAUGAACUGCGGGAGAUAUUUAAUGACAUCAGCAGCAGCAGCGAAGAUGAAGAUGAGAGGGAUCAUCAUGAUGACGAAGACCUGAACAUCAUGGACACUGAGGAGGACUUGGAGAGGCAGCUGCAGGACAAGCUGAAUGAGUCUGAUGGGCAGCAACAGGAGAAUGAGGGGUCCAACCAGAUAGUCAUGGGGAUCCAGAAACAGAUUGACAACCUGAAAAGUAAACUCCAGGAGACCCAGGACAGGAGGAAGCGCCAGGAAGAUCUCAUCAUGAAAGUGGAGAACCUAGCCCUCAAGACCCGUCUUCAGGCCGUGCUGGAUGAGUUCAAGCAGCAGGAAGAGCGAGAGAAGCAGCAGAUGACGUCCCUGCAGGAGCAGCUGGAGUCCCUCAUGGAGAAGUGAGGAGCAGGCCUGGGUCUUUGUACCUGCGAGCAGAGCUGGAAGUGUUGUUCAUCUGCUAUGCUGAAGUCUUUGCUCUAGUCACGCACCUCUGCUGCCACAUGUGCUGCUGGGCAGUGCUAGAGGCUCCAUGUCCAAAGCUGCUCUCACAUCCAUUGUGCUGGGCUUGGCUGGUGGAGCUAAAGAAUUGGACUAUGCCUGUGAGAGCAGUCAAAACACUGGAUUUACUGUAAAUAUUCAGCACCGUUCUUCCAGAGGGGUUUAGUUCUCCCUGGGACAGUGUGGUGCAGCUUUCUGCAUCUUAUUAAGUCUUGGACUUGAUGGGCUGUGGCCUGGUAGGAGCUUGUUCUUGUGUUUGAGGUAUGCUUGUGCUGCAAACCAGACUCAAUAAAGUACCGUUUC